AUGGUCCCUCGGGUCCCGUUUGAACUGGAACUUAGUUAUUUUCGCGGUAGGGAGCCAAAGACUUAUCGCCACGAACGCCGCGCCACUUCAGUGCUCUUGGUAUUGUAUGGCAAGGUGGAUUGUUCAGCCAAAGUGGACAGGAAUGCCCGGCGAAAUGCCUGCGAUUCCCCGGCUUGA